UGACCUGAUUCUGUUAUUCCAAUUUGCGCGCACCACUAUCAUUCACUCACUAUUUUUCACUUAUUGGAUUUCGUCUACACUUCACUUUUUGGGAGAAUCAUGGCAAACCCCGCCACGGAACUGGAUGGGUCUACCACAUUGUUUACACCGGCAGAUCCUGUCUCACCCGAAACUCCUCCAAAACCGGCAACCAGCGCGACUUCAGUUGACUUUGAGCGCGGCAUUCGAGAGCGUUUGUCAUCGACUCAGCUAGAGGAAAGUCAGCCAAUACUUAAUUCGGUGCAAUCAUCACCAAUCGCCAACGUCGAUCGGCGCGAGGUAGAUCGUCAAACGUAUUCCAAUGAUGUCACUGCUGCUGAGUUGGAGACCAAACAGCCGCAGGGGCUGCCAUAUCUACCACCUGGGACGAUCGAAACCAUACUUGAAGUUUUCAAGACCACUGCUGCUGGAAUAGAAAAGAAAUUAGAAGAAACCGGCAAUAGAUUGGACAAGAAAAUAGAAGAAACAAGUAAUAGUUUGGACAAGAAAAUAGAAGAAACCAGUAAUAGAUUGGACAAGAAAGUGGAAGAAAUGACCGCAAACUUUUUGCAACUCAAAAGUAACGUUGAGGAUUUACAUCGAAAAAUGGAUGAAAAACAAAUUGAAGCUAAGAAUUAUACAAAUGAACAAAUACAAACGGUGAGAAGUGAAUUUGGUGAAAGAAUUCUAAACCAACACCGGGAAAAUACUGAAGCAAAUGGUGAAUUGGAGAGCAAGAUUACCCAGGCCAAUGCUAAGCUAGCUCAGAAUGAUGUGAGGUUAGGUAAAUUGGAGGCUCAGCAAACAAUCACACGGCCCAAAUAAACCAGCUGAGAGCAGAUGUCACACAGAAUUCAGCUGAAACUUUAAAUCCCGAAGUAAUUAAGGGAUUGAAAACUCAGCUAGAUCAAACUAAAGCCGAGUGUCUACAAAUAAAGAAUAGUUUGGCUAACGUUUCUGGUGGUAAUAAUCAUAAUACUGGACAAAUCUUGUCAUCUUUACCAAUAUUUGAUGAUACUGAGUGCACCAUUCAACCACGGGCAUUCAUUCAGCAUUUGCAGGCUAUUGAUUCCGUUACUACUAUACCAUGGAUUACGUGGAGAAUGCAUCUUUUACUAUGUCUACAGAAAGAACCACUGAUACACUUCAGAAGUCGCAUUACUGAAUUCAACUCAUUAAAGGAUUUUAUUGACAACUUCUUAGCUACUUUUUGGUCUUCUGCAAGACAGAGAAAUUUAUUGUCUCACAUCAUUACAUGCAGAUAUGACAAGCAGAAUAC